AUGGUAUUGGAGCUAAACAGGAGCUGUGUGACCACAUUCAUGAUCUUGGGCCUUUCCGACCAUCCUAAGAUGCAGAUCCUCCUCUUCAUUCUUUUCCUUUGCGUUUAUAUUGUUGCCCUGAUAGGAAACCUAGCAAUCCUUGCUGCCAUUUUGUCCUGUCGCAAACUCCACAGGCCCAUGUAUUUCUUCCUGUUCCAUUUGGCUGUGGUGGAUAUAAUCUGCACCUCCACCAUCAUUCCCAAGAUGCUGGCAAACAUAGCAACUUUCAGCAAGGACAUCUCAUAUUCAGGCUGCAUCAUCCAGCUCUAUUCUUUUUCAUGGUGUUUAGGAGCUGAGAUGGUGCUGUUCACUGUCAUGGCUUAUGAUCGCUAUGUAGCUAUAUGUCACCCCUUGAAUUACACCACCAUAAUGAACAAGAAGAUAUGUCUAGCCCUCUCCACACUGGUGAUCUUUAUAGCCGUUACUAACUCAUGGGUUCACACUGGACUGAUUAUGAAGCUCAACUUCUGUGGCCCCAAUGGUGUCAAUCACUUCUUCUGUGAGAUUCCUCCACUUCUGGCACUCUCUUGCAGCCCAGUAAAAAUCAAUGAGAGCUGUCUCUUCGCAGCAGACAUCUUCCUUGCUAUGGGGGACUUCUUGCUAACAUGCUUAUCUUACUGCCUCAUCGUUAGGGCAAUCUUAAAAAUCAAGACCUCUGAAGGGAAGAAAAAAGCUUUCUCCACCUGUUCAUCACAUCUCAUUGUUGUCACCUUAUUUUACUCCCCAGUCAUCUAUAUUUACAUACGUCCAGCCUCCAGCUACUCCUUUGAGCGGGAUAAGGUAGUUGCUGCCUUAUAUACACUGGUUACACCAGCUUUGAAUCCUAUAAUCUACACUCUAAGAAAUAAGGAUGUCAAGGCAGCUUUCAAAAAAGUCUUCUUCACCACAUGA